GUCGUUCAGGGGAAACGGUACUUUGAAUGCCGCUCAAACCAUGGCGUAUUCGUUCGUCCUGCGCAUGCUAAAGUGCUACCACCCUCAACUAAAAAGGUAUUAAACCUUAGACUAUAUAUAUAUAUAGCACCCUUGAAAUCAUUUCUUGAAAUAGCCCUUCUAGAGAGAUGGACAGAGAUGGGAGAAGAGAGAGAAGGGAACAGAAGGGGAGGUUAAAUAAGUGAGAACGCUGUCAUAUUGAUUGAAAAGGGGGUGUAUGUGUGCUCAUAUCGUACAGGAAACAGCACCAGCAUCGCCUCGAUCGGAUCGGAACAGCGACUCGCCUCAAAGACCACAGCAGGAUCCGGGUCGUGCUGUCAAAGCAGCUGCUCGUCGCUCGAUGACCCAGGCACCAGCACAGCCAGCCUCACUCGCCAAACGACGUGCAUCCAUGGCUGCUUCAACCGUAGAAUCCUCUCGUCAAACCGCAUCGCCUGCCACACGAGCCACACGAGUGCCGCAACAACACCAACAGACAAAGACAACAACAACUGGCACGAGUGCACGUCGACCGUCGUCCUACGUUUCGCCUAGCUCUGCCAAAUCGACCGCAACUACUGCCACUGCACGAACGCCGACAACACCGACCAGUCGUGCAACUACUGUACCCGCUACGCGAGGAACAACAGCGACACCUACAGCAACAAAGACGAGCGGUACCCUUUCUAGAGCUGCUACUACGGGUAGCGCUCCGCCUCGACGGAAAAGCAUGUAUGUCAACAAUAAAGAUGCUCAAGGAGGUCGUCCCCGAUCCGGCACUGUGGGCGCUUCCUCAAUGCGUGGUGAACCUAAUACCGCUGCCGCUAAAGCAGCGGCGCGUGAAAAGGCAGCACGAGAGGCAGAGGAAGCUCGUUUAGCCGAAGAGGCAGCAGCAGCAGCUCGUAAGGCUGAAGAGCGUCGACUUGCAGAAGAAGAAGCGAGGGAACGCGAAAUGAAGUUAGAACGUGAACGUCAGCUUCAACAAAUCCGGAUCCGUCAGCAACAACAGAUGUUACUACGAGCUCAAAAGCAAGAACAACAACGACAGCAGCAACAGCAAGAGUCAGCUGACGAUGAUAAAGAGAGUAGCGAAUGCAUGAGUCAUGCAGACGACGACGAAGACGACGAAGACGACGAGGACGAUGACGAUCGGACUCCUUCGCAAAUAGACACCGAGGAAGAUUCGUCAGACAAGGAUACACCUGCAACGCCAGCUGAUCAAGACGAUGGACCUGUUGAACGCAUGGUCAAAGAUUGCAAUCCAGGUCAAUCGCAAGCACACCACGAACAACAACGACAUCAGCCUGCUUAUGGUGCUCUUGCUACAACCAUGCCAAUAAGCAAGUCGGAUCAGGUCGUUCCACUCAAGGAUUACGAAGAACUGCGAUUCAAGUUGAAAAUACUGGAAACAAAACGUCAAGAAGAUCGUGAGCGUUACCGUGAACACGAAAAGAUCAAAGAAGAAGCCCAACAAUUUUUGACUCUGCGUAAUAAACUUCAAGGUAACAACAUCCCAGCCCAACAGUCUCCAAUUAACUCCCGAUUUUUCCUAAACGUAAAAAAACCUGCAUGAUUCUAGAUAAAAUUGGUGAACUACAAAAAGACCUUCGAGACACGAAACGCGAACUCAAAGAAACAGCUGCAGAUAAAGAAAGUUUAGAAUCAAAAUACAAUGAAAUGUCAGAUUCGUUGGAGAUGAUGACUCUGGACAAAGAAGUUGCUGAAGAGCGAGCCGAAGUCUUGCAGCAAGAAGUCGACAUUCUCAAGGACAAGAUUGAGGAAAUAAGUGUCG